AUGGCUCACGGAAACCACCACCAUGCGCACUUGAGGCAUGGAAAACGUCAGAUCCAGCUCCCUCGCGUUCCUGAUCCGCAGGACAUUGUAAACGCCGUCGAGACAGUGGUUCAGAUUGUGUAUGAGACAGCUGCACAAAACUUCGAUGGUCCUGCUACCUUUGUCACCCCGACCAUCAUGGUUGGUCCCCCAGUCCAGCAGACCCAACAGCCAGAAGCGAAACCAACGGAUAGUCCCAGCGAUGAGAACAACAACCAGGACACUGCGCCCUCGAAAGCGCAGACUUCAGCAGACAGUGUGCCAACCGUCAUCUCAGCUCCCGUCAGCGAUAUCACCCCAUCUGCUACAGACCUGCUCUUUGAUGGACCUCACGCGACAUCCGUUUCAUCCUCUGCCGGUCUAGCUUCCGAUGCCACUGCAGCACCUUCGUCUACAACAAGCGCCGCUGCCUCUUCAUCAAGCGGUGGCAUGUCAGCCGCUGGUACUGCAGGUCUCGUCAUCGGUGUCCUGCUCUUGGCGGGUGCCGCUUUAGCGUUCAUUCUGUUCUGCAUCAAGAGAAAGAAGAGAGAUGCCCAGAAGGCGCGCCAGCCCAUUGACGAUGAGGACAAUGAAAAGAACGACUUCUUGGGUGCUGCUCCAUCUCCCAACAUUGGUGGCAGUAGCGCAAGCGUUCGAACUGCUCGUACCCACACCGAAGCGCCGCGUCUGAGUUUGCGACCUGUCACUGAAUUCGACCCAGCUCUGGAGGAGAAGCGUAGAAGUGCGGCGAACGCCCUCGAGAUGGCUUCGGCUCCUACUGCUGGUGGCAUGCUUGCUCCUGCGGCAAAACCCACCAUCAGCGCCUGGGAACGACGAGGUGCCGAAAAACAUCAGCAGUCGAAUCCAUUCUCUGAUCCUGUCAAUCCUUUUGGCAACGAUGCCGCUACUUCUAAUGAAGCCACUCGUUCUCCAACUGGCCCGCUACCGGACAGUCCCUCUGACCAAUCCAAUACCCUCGUGGACAACAGCGACGUCGCUACUGGAGUUGCUGCCGGUGUUGCUGCUGGGGCUGCUGCCGGUGCUGCUGCGGCUGUUGCUGCUCGGAAACCCCUCCCAUCUCAGACAGAGCAGUCCACGGGCGCCACGCAAGAAAAGCCCAUCGUGGAGAGACGCCCAGUUCCUGAGCAGUCAGGUCCCGAUCCAACUUGGGUAGAAGAUGUCCCUGCUUCACCCGGGCCAGCUCCUACCGGACCACCACCUGUGGUUGCUCUUGCAAAUGGCUCCGCACCCGACAACGUUCAUCGCGUCCAGCUAGACUUCAAGCCAUCGAUGGACGACGAAUUGGAAAUCCGCGCUGGUCAAUUGGUCCGCAUGCUCCACGAAUACGACGAUGGCUGGGCUCUGUGUAUACGCAUGGAUCGCUCGCGUCAAGGUGUUGUACCCCGUAGCUGCUUGUCUAAAAUGCCCGUGAAGCCUCGACAAGGUCCCCCACCUCAGAUGCGACGCCCAGGACCUCCUCGUGGUCCAACAGGUCCAGGUGUGCCACGUCCUUUGACUCCUAGUAGCGGCCGCAACUCGCCUGCGCAUGGUCGUCCCAUGUCUCCAGCCGGUCGUACUAGAGCCAAUAGCAACGUCCAGCAGCGUUCGAUGUCCCCUGGACCUUACGGUGGUGGACCCCAACAGAUGCGCCCUCAGCCAGACGGUCGUCGUCGCUCUAAUUCCGCCACUGCAAUGCAAGCACGUCGUCAAUCUCCGCCAAGCCCAUUGAACCCUUCCUCCCAAUCGCCUGAAACAAAGCCUGUGCCAGGCAUGGCUCUUUAA